AGCAAAUCUAAUUUUUCUACUCAUUGGGAUAUUACAAAUAUGCUUAUUUAUUUAUUAUAAUCUACCCAAUCCUAAAUUUAUUCGAAAUUACCAAAUCAAACCUUGGUAAUGAUACCUACAAACUCAUUAUUCAGUUUAAUGUUAUUUAGUUCUAAACUUUGACUGAAUUCUACAACAAAUGCAGGGGAAGACGACCAGUGUAGCAGCAGAAGGUCUCAACAUACACAAAGGGAAAAGCGAGAUUCUCCGACACAACACAGCAUGCACCAAUCAAAUCACAAUUGAAGAUUUGGAAGAUGUAAAAACCUAUACAUAUUUGGGUAUUAACAUUGAUGAACACGGUGGAUCGGAUUCAGAUGUGAAGGUGUGGAUUAGCAAAGCAAGAGCAAUAUAUCUACAAUUGAAGGACAUCAGAAACUCAAACACAACUAUCAACCAACCAACCAACACCAAGGUCAGAAUUUUCAAUACAAAUGUCAAGACAGUUCUACUAUAUGGGACGGAAACUUGGAGAACUACGAAAACAAUCAUCCAGGGGAUACAAGUGUUUAUUAACAGUUGACUACACAACAUACCUCGGAUCCGUUGACCAGACACUAUUAGCAACAACCUACCUUAAGAGACAACAAACAAGAUCCCAGUGGAGGAAGAAAUCAGGAAGGAGAGCUGGAAGUGGAUAGGACACACAAUGAGUAAAUCACCUAAUUGCGUCAUAAGACAAGCCCUCACUUGGAAUCCUCAAGGCCAAAGGAGGAGAAUGAGAUCAAUGAACACAUUACACCGAGAAAUGAAGAUAGACAUGAGAAGAAUGAACAUCAAUUGUAUAGAACUGGAAAGGAAGGCCCAUGACAUACUGGGUUGGAGAAUGCUUAUCGGUAGUUUACGCUCUAUUGGGAGUAAAAGGAGUAAGUAAGUAUAUAAGUAAUUACAGGCUAACUGUAACUAAACAAUCAUUGAAUAACAGGAAGUUCUAUUAUUGGACUUUUUAACAGUCCACAUCCAUCAUCUCAUUAGGGAUCAAAUCUAAGAUCUAUUCAUGAAGUCAAAAGCAUACGAAGUUGGAUUAUAGCCUAGUCAUCGUUGUUCAUCAAUAUUAACAAUUCAAAGUAUAUUCAUAGUUUUUGAAGUGGUUAAAAUAUUGAUAAUAAUUAGAUGAAUAUACUAAUAUGUUAGUCUAAGGCUUUAAUUCUAUUCAAGCUUAAGUUGAAAUGUAUGUACUUAGUGAACUUGUUAUUUAGAUUUCAUCCAUGUGUCUGUUUUCAUCAUAUUUCUGAAUGUUUUCGUAGCUUGUUGGUUCAGCACCAGGAUUUCCUCAUGGAAUUAUUGAUCCUAUAGAAGAAAUUGCUAAAUUAGGUCAUAGAUAUAAUAUACCAGUUCAUGUGGAUUGUUGCUUAGGUGGUUUCCUUUUACCUUUUAUGGAAAAAGUUAGUUAUCCAAUUGGAGAAUUCGAUUUUCGGUUGCCUGGUGUCACAAGUAUAUCAUGUGAUACACAUAAGUACGGGUUUGCACCAAAAGGCACAUCUGUUAUAAUGUAUAGAAAUCAAUAUUACCGAUCUAAACAAUACUUUACACAGACAACUUGGCCUGGUGGCAUAUAUGCUUCAUCAACUUUACCAGGAAGUCGACCUGGUGCGUUAAUUGCUACUUGCUGGGCAACGAUGAUGUAUCAUGGAGAAAAUGGUUAUUGCAAAUCUACCAAACGUAUCAUCAGUACUACUCGAUAUAUUAUAAAUGAAUUACGUAAAAUACCGGGUAUUUUUGUAAUUGGUGAACCAAAUGUUUCCAUUGUAGCAUUUAGUUCAAAUAAUCUUGAUAUAUAUAAAUUAAGUCAUUUAUUAUCAGAUAAACCAAAUGGACGUGGUUGGAAUUUAAAUAAUUUACAAUUUCCACCAGCGAUUCAUUUAUGUGUUACAGAUAUGCACACAACAAAAGGUUGUGCAGAACAAUUUAUUCAAGAUGUAAAAGAUGUAGCUAAAGAAUUAAUAAAACAACCAAAUAAAAAAUCUGAAGGUUCAGAUGCACCAAAUAGAUAUGUGCCACAUAAAUCAUUUGAUUUGUGUGAGGGUUGAGGUACUCCCCGAGUGCCCAAACCAAAGCAGGUGGUUUUCUUAAGGGGCCACACCCGGAGCCUUCGACCUACAGGUCUAAUCCACAAGACAGUGGAGCAAUGUCAGGAGAUGCAAUCCCAUGGUAGCCGGUGACCAACGAUUGGUUCAUACACCAUUUGUUCCUUCAAGAUACUGGAGCCCAUGUGCACCAUUGGUUUGAAAUCAAAGUUUUUCAACUCCCCUAACUGGGAUGUUCCGUGUCCAUCAGCCUGGUUAAAGCGCCGGACGUUCGUUUUUCGUCCUCUGAAUUUCGUAAACAAUAGUAAUGCCGCAAGAAGUCAGUGAGUAGGACUUCCCUGGCAGCAGCCUUAUAUGAAUGAUCAUAUGAGAGGAUUUGGAGAAGGAGAGCGGACUCUCCUCACUCUCGACCGUACCAAGGCAUUUGAGAGCAUUGUAUCUAAAAGAAUUCAUUGCAAAGAGUUAUUUUACAAAUAAUCCAAUUGACAUUGAAUAUCUCUUUCUUUUUUUUCUCAUUUAAUUAAUUAUCAUUCCUAAUUAAGAAUUAUAUAAUCUUCAUCUAUUCUCUUUCUUAUUUCAAUCAACAAUUAAAGGCUGCUCUUUAUGGAUUAUCACAAAUGAUACCGGAUCGUUCAAUUGUCACUGAAUUAGCUCAUUGCUAUUUAAAUGCAUAUUAUGAUACACCAACUAAUGUAUCAUAAUAAUAAUAAUAAUAAUACAGGAAAGACAUUUUCUAGUGUUUAUCUUAUAAGAUCGAAUCAUACAUUGUUAUGUAUACAUUUUUGUUUCAAUUCUAUACAGCUGAUAUUCAUUGAGUAUUAUUAACUCUUUUCUGAAGAAGAUGACGAAGUAAAAGACGAAAAACAAAGAAUCUAGACGUUUAUACUACUUAAAAUAGUUUUCUUUUUUUUAUUCAUAGAAUUUUUAACUGGACAAUUUUUAAUUGUCUUUUAUUCUAUGUGUAUUUGGCUUUCUCAAUUGUUUCACUAGUUUUCUGUUUAUUUACUUACUUUUAUUUAUUUAUUUUGCCUAUAUAAUGGAGUUAUUUGAGAUUUAAGUGUAUUUGAUUGGGGUUUUUGUUUGGAGGUUAAUAGAAUAGUAUAACACAUAAAUAAAAUUCUUGAUUGUGAAUAUUUUCAAUUAUUGAUAUCAGUAUAGGAGUUGUGGAGAUUAUUAAGUUUUUGAUUCGGAUCAUGAACCGAUUGUUGUUAGACCACCAUUGGAAACCUGGAAGCACUGCACGGUCGUUUCGUCCUAUUGUGGAACUCCUCAGCAGUGCGUGUCUACGAUCACGCUCGCGGUAUUCGAACCCAGGGCUCUCAGUCACGCGCGCGAACUCUUAACCUACUGGAUCAUUGAGCCGACCGGCAUCCGAUGGUGAUGGUGUCUAACAUAAACCAAUCCAUGAAUUUGCACGACUAUCUUCCAUAGUACUGAGGUAGAUACCUGUCUCUACUCGACAUGGGCGAGCGGGUCCUGGAUUCGAACCUCGCGAUGCGGGAUCGUGGAUGCGCACUGCUGAGGAGUCCCACAAUAGGAUGAAACGGCCUUAUAGUGCUUUCAGGUUUCCAAUAGUGGUCCAACAUCAAUUGGUUCAUGAUCUCAAUCAAAAAUUAUUGAUUUGUUUUGUGCUGAUUAUUCAAAUGAGUAUCAGUGUUUGUUUGUUUGUUUAUGUAUCGAUGUGUGUGUGUGUGUAAAUAUGUUUAUGAAUUUAGAUUGAUUUACCAAAUAAGUAGAUCAUAAUAAUAUCUGUAGAUAUUAGCCCUAUUUUAUUGAUCUUUGAAGACAGCCUACAUUACGGACUAACUUUAGCAAGAUAAUCAGCAAAAAAACAAAGAACACUAGAUGAUUAUUAUUUCGUCAUGAUAUGCGACUUCUUAAUAAUGACAACUUCUAAAAAGAUCGAAUCUAUCAUCUUCAGACAUAUAAAUCGGUUUACAUUUACAAAUCCAGGCACUAUAAUAUCAUGUUAAGCCUCCAUGAUAUAUUGACAUCAAUGAAACAGUUUAACAUUCAGUAUAUUAAAUUGGAUGUUAUCUAAUAACGCAAAUUUGACUUCAAUAGUUCAAACCUAAAACUUUAUUUAAAACAAUUAAUCCCUUUGAUAGAUUUCGAUAAUGUAAUAAGACGAAGAUUAUCAGUACUAUGUGAUGACAUAUAUUAGCGUAAUACAUUUUGAACAAUCUGAUCACACAUUACAUACUUGUUAAGAACAUAUAAGGUAUAUUAAAGUUUAUUGAAACCUUAACCAUUCAAAUAUUCAAACCCCCUUUGUGUAUUCAAAAACAGUUUGUUCUCACCUUAAACCUACCCUGGUAGUAUUAGCUUAUUAUUCGUAGAGUGAUUAGGUGUCAAAUUGUGUUCACAUUAUUAUUAUUUUUUUGAUUGAGAUCAUGAACCGGUUGAUGAUGUUAGACCACUAUUGAAAACCUGGCAGCACUGGACGGCCGUUUCGUCCUAUUGCGGAACUCCUCGGCAGUGCGCGUUCAUGAUCCCGCUAGCGGGAUUCGAACCCGGGGCCAUCAGUCUCGCGCGUGAACGCUCAACCUACUGGAUCACUGAGCCGGUCGGCAUCGAAUGGUGUUAACGUCUAACCUCAACCAAUCCAUGAAGUUGCGCCACCAUCUUUCAUUGUACUGAGGUAGACACCUGUUUCUACCCGAAACGGAUUAGCUCCGCCAGCGAGAUCGUGGAUGCGCACUGCUGAGGAGUCCCGCAAUAGGACGAAACGGCUGUCUAGUGCUUCCAGGUUUUCAAUGGUGGUCUAGCAUCAUCAAUCGGUUCAUGGUCUCAAUCAAAAAAAAAAUUAACAAUCUCCACAACCCCCAAAUUAAUAUUAUUAUAAUCCUUGUCUACUCUUUCCCCCAUUUCCAGUCUAAUUGACCUUUAAUUUUCUAUAUAUAAAUGUUCUUCACAAGUAUGUAAUGUGUGAUCAGAUUGUUCGAAAUGUAUUACGUUAAUAUAUAUCAUCACAUAGUACUGAUAAUCUUCGUCUUCUUAUUACAUUACCAAAACGUUACGACAGAAUACAAAAUCAUAAUUUCACAGGUUGAAAUCAUGAGUCAGUUGAAGCUAGACCACCAUUGAAAACCUGGAAGCACUGGACGGUCAUUUCACCCUAUUGCGAGACUCCUGAGCAGUGCGCAUCCACGACCUCACCCCCUGCGAGAUUCGAACCCAGGACCUACUGGUUUCGUGCGCGAGCACCUAACCACUAGACCACUGAGCCGGCAUCCAACAGUGUUAAUGUCUAACCCCAACCAAUCCACGAAAUUAACAGUUGUAUAUUAUUAACAAAUCUGUAACAUUUUUUGCAAUGUUUAUCCAAGAUAAUAUUCUUUGUAUUGACUCAAUGUAAACUACUUCUUUAGAGUAAAUAAAUAACCAAAUCAAAAAUUUAUCCAAGUUUAAAUAGUACAUAAGAAUAAUCCAAGAAUAUUAUGUGCGAUUAAUCAAAAAAACAAGUUCCAACAAGUCAAUAUCAUGUUAUUUCGGUCAAGGUGAUUUAUAACCGACAUAUAUGUAAAUUUUUGUGUGUGUGCGUGUGCAAGGUCAGGGAUGAAAAAAUGUGACCUUCAUGGUGAGAAAGGACAUCGUUUAAUUUGUAUCUAAGAUAAUAUUGUGAAAUGUGAAUAGUAUCAGACAUCUUAUCUUGAAUAGAUAGUUUAAGUCGGAUGUGUAGUGAGAUCAUCUUUUCUAUUGAGAUCAUGUUAUGGAAUACUUCAGCUACUCUCCUAUUUUUGUAGUUGGAAAAACGUUUGUGUAUUAUUUUGGUGUUUUUGAAAUUGAUUUGGUGGUUGUUGAGAACGGUGUAAACUGCUAUCCUUGACGAGGGGUAAGAGACGUAAACAAGUCAGUAUUGUGUUAUUUUAUUUGAACACAUAGAUAUUGGUACAAGGAGGCAUCAAAUACAUAUGCGCCACAUAAGUCUCAUUUGAUUUGUGCGAGGGCUGUGAUACUGCCCGGGUGCCCAAACCGAAGCAAGCAGUUUUCUUAGGGGCCACACCCGGAGCCUUCGACCUGAAGGUCUGAUCCAUAUGGCAGGGGAGCAUCGUAAGGAGAUGUAGUCCCAUGGAAGCCAAUGACCAACGAUUGGUUCAUACGCCACUUGUUCCUUCAGGAUACUGGAGCCCAUGUGUACCAUUAGUUUGGAAUCAAGAUUUUACAACUCCCCUAUGUGCACUCCCCAUAUCCACCAGCCUGGUUAAAACGCCGGACACUCGAUUUUCGUCCUCUCAAUUUCGUAAAGAAUAGUAAUGCCACGCGAAGGUAGUGAGUAGGACUUCCCUGGCAGAGGCUAUAUACACGUGGCCAUGUGAGAGCAUUUGGAGAGGGAGAGCGGACUCUCCUCACUCUCGGCCGUACCAGGGCAUUUAGGGGACUUUCAAGUGGUCCGAAGUCUGCGACCCAAUGUGUAAAAGUUUAGUCGUUUGAUCACUGAUCCACUUCUACGGUUCAAUUCACACUUUUGUCAAUAAUCUAAAGAUUUUUGGUUUGAACUAGUCUUGUGACUAAGAUCUGUUUUCUGUUCAGUUAUGUCAGUUUUAUUCUGUGUCAAAAUUACUUUUACACUCUGAAUAAAAACUUUUUUUCAGUCUCAGUUAAGACCCAUUUUUCGGGGAAGUUCACGGACUUGAUCGGAUCAUGAAUAUUACUUGCAUUAUUUUAGACUAUCAAUCAGUGAUUUUUAAACAACAGUGAAGUAACGAGGUUUGGUUAGCGUUUUAGAAAUCUAGUGCACGGAAUGUAGCACGAAAUUCUGUUAUUUCCUUUAAUCUGGUUUCAAUGUCGAAAAUACCCUGAAAAGUCUGAAACUAGCCAAUUCUAACUCAUUUAACCCCAAUACGAAAUUCUAUGAUCGAGUUUUUAUAUAAUCCGUUCAUAAUUUCUGUGCACUAGGAUGACUACUCAAUGCGCUAUCUGGAUUGCUGUAAGAGUUUUCUCAAUCCAUGAACUCAUUAACUUUUGAACUGAUAGUUCCAAACUAUCUGGUUGGGUUCCGCGCUAGAAGUUGAUAAGUGAAAUGGCUUAGAAUCACUUGCAGUGAUGUAUGUGCCUUUUUUUUCCUUUCUCGAAAUCUUGAUUUUCAAUAUUCUUUCAUACAUUCUUUACUCACUCUCUAUUUUAUCCCACUAAUUAUUUUAACCUCUUUGUUGUUCAUCGUGUUAAUUUCAUCUCUCUCUGUACUAGUAUAUUAUGCCUAAUUGUGGUAAUGCACACUUCUUCCUGGUUUGUAUGCUGUCUAUAGCUCCUUAAACAGGUUAACAGCAAAAAAAAAAAAAAAAGAAAACGGUAAAUCGAUUGAUUUCACACACCUCCAAUAAAAUGAUUUGUGUAAUGAAAAUCUCUGUUAUUUCUGUAAAUGUGGAAGACGAUUGAUAAUGUAAGUUUCAGUUUCGAAGUAAAAGUUCAGUGAUCGAUCAAAUGUCAACCUCAUUUUACAACAAUUAUUAGACAUUGAAAAGUUUCCUUUUUUUUUGAAUUUGUGUUGAAAUAUAUAUAUCAAUGGUAAUUCAGUGAUACUUACAAAUUUCAGUUCUAUUUUACUGUUUAAAGGUUAACUGUAAAUAUGAACCAAAAAUUGUUCAUUUUAUUUCAAUGUAUCAAUCAAUAUGGAAUAGAGUUUAAACCUAAUAGAAAGUGGAAUUAGAUUAAAAUUAUGUUGAAUUUCAUCAGCCUUGGUAGAUCAGUAAUGGCUGAUGAAUUCUCAGCACAGAUAUUGAAAAUCCAUUCUCUUGUUCAAUUGUACUAUUAGUAACAAAAAUACAAAAUUCACUUGGUAUUGUUUACUUGAAUCUUUCCAUUAAUGUUUAGAACUGCGAUUGAUUAGUCUCUUAUUGGUAUAUGUGCAUCCUGUAUGUAUUACCUUAAUUCACAAGCAUUAUAAUCAAAGAUGGAUGGUGGCUAGUAGUGGAAUCCAGGACGCGCGUUUCGUCCCAAUUGAGACUCGUCAGCUGAAUAUACCUGCAUCCCAAAGUUGAUGUUCACUCUGUAUGACUGCAAAAUAUAAUCUUCAAAAGUUGAGGACAUAUGUGCGUUGAUAAUAUUUUGAUCAUAGAUGGUUUCAGAACACGUCUUGAGUAUGAUGAAAUCGUCACGCAAGUAAUACUGAAGUUAAACAACGAGCUCUAGCUAAAUAUUUUAGAUCAGUAAAUGAGGUUGUAAACUUUCAUUAACAGAAGUGCCUUAUGUAUGUACUAUACAUCACCGCUCUAAUAUACCACGCUGGUUGGUAUCGGAGGAAGAUUUAGAGACCCUCAGAUAAAUUCGGAUUCAUGGGUUAUUGUAGAUACUCUUCAAUAACGUGGGAUAUACAAAAUGAUCAUAUAUAACUGUAUCAAGUAUGUGUCGUUAUAGAUUACCCGAAUUACAAAUAGUCAAUAUAAGACUUAAUUAUCCAAUGUCGUUGACGUUAUGAACACACUGUAAGCUUAACUAAUAGAUUUUUGGAAGAAAAUUAUUCGAAAAUAACUUUUUCAUUUUAGAAUAAGUAAACUCGGUUAACGGCGACAUCUGGAACUUGAGCAGUGCUUAGAGUAUGUUUGAAUUUCUCAAGUCCAUACCAAUACUUAUAUAAUUGUAAAUACAGUUUUCUGAGAAAUCCAAACUUUUAUAAAACACUCCUGUUAAUCGUUGAAUUAAUAAGUGUACUAAGUUGCACUGUUGAUUCCUUUUCCUGGACAAUAAAACAAACAAAUUUAAUGAUACAGUUCAAUCGACAAUUUGAUCAAUACAGCUCCUGCCUGUUGACCUUAUGAAAAUCAUCAAAGCGACAAAGUUUAGAUG